AUGUACGCUCAUCGAAGAGACCCGUUCAUCAGAGCUUUAGCGCUCAUGGCUGACUCAUACGUUAGACUCCAUCUCCUGAGUCAGGUUACAUCUCUCCCUUUGCUCCUUCUGCACGCCUUGUCGCAAACAGGCGCCCUCGACUCACUCGUCCGUCCGGGAGAGCCGCUGUCCCUGGUCCUUUCGAGAGGUCGAGUCUACAUCCUCAUCAAUGCCCUGGUUGGAAAUCUGACUCGCUUCGCCUUCGGUCCUUGUGAGUUCACGGCUGGACUUAUGAUUUCCCGAAAAGGGGUCAACUGAAGCCAAGCUCCCCAAUCGACCCUCCGCCCCAGAUCUGCUGAGGGGUGAUCCGAAAGCCGAAGGUCAAAUCAGGCUGCCCAGCGAUCAUUUCCCCGCCGCCUUCCCCAUAGCACGUUCCACGGGCGAUGAAGAACCAGCUCCACCACCGGUUUGGACGCGUGUCACCCAUCGUCUCGGCAAAUCACUGCGCAAGGCCUCAACCGCAUUGACCGGUUUCUUGAAUCCACCUUUGCUGGGCGGUCUGGCGGCGUGCUUCUUCGGCCUAAUUCCUUGGUUUCACCAUCACUUGUUCGACAAAGGUGGCUGGCUGACACCGCUAUCCGACUCAAUCAGCAACGUCGGCAAUCUCUACACUGUUCUCCAAAUGUUCAUUCGUACGUGCACUACUGGGUCUCGACGAACACUUGGCCGCCACACUGAUCCAAAUCCAUGUCGUCGCAGUGGGUGGCCAUCUCUACAGCAAGCAGGGAACCAAAACGUCUUACCUGGCGCUCGUGUGGCUGUUCUCUUUCCGCUUCUUAGUCAUGCCCGCCAUCUCUAUUUCGACCAUCCAUCUCAUCCGGGUCCACCUGCCCACUCUCCUCGUACGUUGCACCUAAGAUCAGCGCCAGCGAGCCUUCUCCUCCGCUAAGUUGUUCUUCACUCCCUGCGACGCCCGUCACCCAAAACAGCGCAACGACCCCGUCCUCGACUUUGUGCUCAUGCUCUCAAAUGUGGGGCCGCCGGCGCUCACCCUAUCUGCCAUUGCCGAGAUGACCGAUCUGGGUCCUCGUGUCGAAGGCCAGAUCGCAAGGACUCUGACGGCGAGCUACGUCGUCACGCCGCUGAUUGCGUUGACCGUUACGGCAGCCUUGGAAGUCGUGGAAAGGUCGUAUCGAUAG